CUUCUCAACCGCACCAAGCCAAGCCUGGGCUCGGCUCGAAAGAAAUCCUUCUCAUUCUUCCGUUACCCCAAUCUCUUUGAGUCAUGGCAGGAUGGCACUGACUGUUGCCUUUGGGAAGGUGUUGGCUGCAGCAAGUCAUCGGGCCAUGUCACUGCUUUGGAACUCCGUGGGUGUGGCUUGUACAGCGAGGGCCUUGACCCUGCAAUCUUCGAGCUCGCCUCGCUCCAACUACUUGACCUUAGCAUGAAUAAUUUUGGUUCGCACAGCAUACCGACAAGUGGGUUUGAAAGGCUCUCCUUGCUCACCCACCUCAACUUCUCCAAUUCAGGCUUCAGUGGCCAGAUUCCUACUGUCAUCGGCAGACUUGCAAGCCUUAUCUCUUUGGAUCUUUCUUGUCUUUACGAUAUCACUCCUGAUGAUUCUGUUUAUGGCGAUGAUACCAGCAUCGACGACGUCACUAAUAGGCUCCGGUUGGAGCAACCCAACUUCCAUAUCCUAUUGGCCAACCUCAGCAAUCUGAGAGAGAUCUACCUCGAUAUAGUGGAUAUGUCUAGCAUCAAAGGUUGGUGCCCUGCUCUUGCUAAAUCUCUUCCCGAUCUCCAAGUUCUUAGCUUGAGUGAUUGUAAUCUAAUCGAUCCUAUUUGUUCAUCCCUCUCAACCCUCCACUUUCUAACUGUGAUAAACCUGGGAGGAAACUAUCAUAUGCAUGCGUCUCCUUUUCCAGAGUAUUUCAUGGAUUUUCCCAAUUUAAGUGUGCUUCAACUUCCUUCGACCAAUCUCCAAGGGUGGUUUCCUCGUAGAACCUUUCGAUCAAAAACUCUACGGGUUCUUGAUUUAUCCUGGAAUCAGGAACUCUCAGGGCAUGUGCCCAACUUCUCCAACGCCAGUUCUUUAGAGAUGCUGAUGCUAGAGGGGACCAAUUUCUCCUUUGCAAAACCAAGCCCUUUUAGCAAUCUCGAGUCUCUGAAAACAUUGAGCAUUGAUGUGAAUUUCGUUUCUAUGGAGCCUCAGUCUUCAUUCGGUAAUCUCAGGUCUCUACUGCAUUUGAAGCUAACUCAGACGGACCAGGCAAGAGAUUUAGGAACAGUUUUAUCACAGAUUGGAGACCUGCAGAACUUGCCAAGAUUAGAACUCUUUGGAUUGGACUUCUCUCGGACAUUUUUUUCUUCAGUUGCCAAACUCAAGAGCUUGAGAAUCCUAACACUUGUUGACUGCAGCUUCACUAGGCCAGUUCUAUUUGGCGAUCUAGUAGCCUUGACAAGCUUGGAGAUCUCUAGAUGCAGCUUUAAUGGUCCAAUACCAUCUACAAUUGGCAACAUGACAAACUUGAAAAGCUUGAAUAUCGAAGGAUGUUAUUUAUUAGGGCCAAUACCAUCUUCAAUUGGCAAACUCAUGAACCUGAGAAGCUUAGGAAUAAAUUAUGUUAACGGCAAUAUUGGACAAAUACCAUCUGCAGUUGGCAAUCUUAGUAAUUUAGAGAGUUUGGCAAUAUAUGAAUCUGAGUUUUCUGGUCCAAUACCCCAUUCAGUUGGUCUAUUAAAAAAGUUGAUAUUACUACGUAUUCGAAUGUGUAGCCUUUCUGGAAGCAUACCAAGUUCCAUAUCUAAUUUGACGCACAUGAUUGUGUUAGAUCUUUCAUCGAAUGUUCUCAAUGGGGAACUUCCAGCACAUGUUUUCACUAUUCCGACAUUGCAACACUUGCGUAUUCAGUCAAACCAAAUAGCUGCCUCUAUACAAGACUUCAAUGCGACGUCUUCACGCAUGGUAUCAUUGGAUCUAGGCACCAAUAAAUUGACAGGAAACAUACCCAGGUCAUUCUUUGAACUCAGAAGUUUGGCUUAUCUUGAUAUUGGCUGGAACAAGUUUGUGGGUUCCGUGGAUCUUUCCUCGUUUUGGAGGUUGGAAAAUCUUGUUCAUUUGAGUCUUUCCAACAACAAUUUAUCAGUCAUGGAUAUGCAUGGAGAAGGUAACAACUCCGAGUCUACCUUUCUCGCUCGAGUUAGCAAUUUAAAAUUAAGAAAUUGCAAUUUAACGGGAUUCCCAAGUUCGCUGGCACACCUUAACCAAAUGUCUUACUUGGACCUGUCAUGCAAUAGAAUGAGUGGGGCUAUUCCGAAGUGGAUAUGGGUGACAUGGAGCAGUAGCCUUACUUACCUGAAUCUUUCACAUAACAUGCUCACUGUUAUGCAACUUAAUUCAUAUGUUCUCCCUUUCAAUUGGUUGCAAACUCUUGAUCUCAGUUCCAAUCAACUUCAGGGGCAGAUUCCAAUGCCAGUCCCACCAGCAUAUAUCUUGGAUUAUUCGAACAAUCUUUUCUCUUCGGUAAUUAAAAACUUCACUCUCUAUCUUGGCUAUUAGUUCAGAGUUUCUAAAAAUAAUAUUAGUGGACAUAUACCUAACUCAAUUUGCGAUUCAGCUAUCAGUCUCCUCGACCUAUCUUAUAACAAUUUUAGUGGGCGGAUACCUUCAUGUCUAAUAGAAGAUGGUUACAUGAUCAUAUUAAGUUUGCGGAAUAAUCAAUUUCAAGGUGUGUUGCCUAAUAACAUCAACGACCGAUGUAGGCUUCAAACAUUAGAUUUGAACAACAGUAAGAUUGAAGGGCAGUUUCCAAAGACACUUACCAAGUGCCUGGAGCUAGAGUUUCUUGACUUUGGAAAUAAUCACAUGGAAGGUAUUUUUCCAUCAUGGCUGAGGAGGCUUCCCGCACUUCGUGUUCUCAUCUUGAGAUGCAACCAAUUCUAUGGCUUGAUAGGUGGUGAUCUUGACAUAGAAAACAAAUUUUCUAGGUUACAGAUUCUUGAUGUUGCCUCGAACAAUUUUUCCGGUAAUUUGAGUCCAGAAUCGUUUGUGGGGUUGGAAUCAAUGAUGGCAGAGUUGAAUACUACAGGUGAUAUUAUCAGUGAUUCUGAGACAAAUGCGACAAGACCAGGAGCCUAUCAAGACGCUGUGGCGAUAACAUAUAAAAGCAUCUACAGGACAUUUGAUAAGAUCUUGACUACCUUAACUGUAAUUGACCUGUCAAAUAAUUCAUUUGAUGGUACAAUUUCUGUAUCACUUGGAAGACUUGUUUCGUUGCUCGUGCUAAACAUGUCAGGCAAUGCCUUCACCGGUGAUAUUCCGGAAGAAUUUGGCGGGAUGACUCAACUG